AUGUUGUCCCUCUCAGACGAAUCCUCGUCUCGACUCUUCCAAUAUACUCUACUCCUCUCCAGUCUUCCUCUGCUUGCUAUCACUUUGAACGUUGUUCGACAGUUGAUCCAGCCAAGGGACAAAUCAUUGCCUCCCGAAAUCUUUCAUUGGAUACCGUUUGUUGGAUCCGCUAUCGAAUACGGCAACGAUCCCAUCAAAUUUUUCUUCAAGUGUCAACAGAAGUACGGCGAUAUCUUCACCUUCGUCUUGUUCGGCCGUAAAGUCACCGUCGCUUUAGGUGCGAAGGGCAACGACUUCGUGUUAGGAGGAAAGCACGCUAAUCUGUCUGCGGAGGAUGCUUACGCACACCUCACCACACCCGUCUUUGGUAAAGACGUCAUCCACGACGUUCCUAACGAGAUUUUCAUGCAACAGAAGAAGUUCGUGAAGGCGGGUCUCACUACUGAGAGUUUCAGAGCAUACGUAGGAAUGAUCGAGGAUGAGGUGUCAAACUUCAUGGACCGUGAUCCAUCCUUUCGCACGUAUCAAGCCGUCGCUCCGGAAGUCGAUAAUUGGGGCCGCUUCGAUGCUCAUAAGGUAAUGGCGCAAAUGACUAUACUGACCGCUUCAAGGACCUUGCAAGGGAGGGAGGUGAGGAGCGGUUUGGACAAGACGUUUGCGCAGCUCUACGAGGACUUGGACGGCGGCUUCAAGCCUAUCAACUUCCUGUUCCCAAACUUACCUCUGGAGAGCUAUAGGAAACGGGAUCACGCACAACAGAAGAUGACCGAGUUCUACCUCGACAUCAUCAACAAGAGGAAGACGGGAAUUUCACCGAGCGAUGAUACCGAUAUGAUUUCUGUCCUCUGCAACCAGAGCUACCGUGACGGGCGUACGCUUCCGGACCAUGAAGUCGCUCAUCUCAUGAUCGCUCUUCUCAUGGCCGGUCAGCAUACAAGUGCCACGUCGGGGUCCUGGGUUCUUCUCCGUCUUGCUGCCAAUCCGGACGUCGCUGAGGCGCUUUACAAGGAACAGGUCCAGCACUUUUCGAACGACGACGGAACACUUCGCUCUCCCAUCUACGAAGAACUCAAAGCUCUCCCCAUCCUGGACUCCGUCAUCCGCGAAUCCCUCCGCGUUCAUCCUCCGAUCCAUUCCGUCAUGCGCUACGUCCGUGCAAACAUCCCCGUUCCCACUGCCUUGGCCGCACCGUCCGAGGACGGUAUCUACGUCGUCCCAAAAGGCCAUCACGUCCUCGCCAGUCCGGCGUUCAGUCAAGUCGACCCGAGAGUGUGGAGGGAUAGUGAGAAGUGGGAUCCCAGUCGUUGGAUGGACAAGGAUGGACAGGCGCAGAAUGCACUGAGAAGUUCUGAUGAGGGUGAUACUCCGGGAAAGGGGGUGAGCAGAGGGACGGAGAGCCCGUAUCAGCCGUUUGGAGCGGGUAAGCAUCGGUGCAUUGGCGAGCAGUUUGCCUACCUACAGCUCGGCACUGUCAUCUCGACGAUCGUACGUAAGAUAGAGAUGCGCCUACCGACGUCAUUUCCGAAGAACAAUUACCAUACGCUUAUUACUUCACCAUCUGAGCCUCGCAUGAUUUCAUACCGCAGAAGGAGGCUAGCGUAG